GUGACUCGAAAACAAAGAACAUAAUAACUUGAAUAUCAAUCAUAUAAUUAUUUUUAAUUGGAUUCAGUUUCAAUGUAUUCUGAUAUGCAUGGUUUUGAUAUUUUGUCACACAUGUUCAAUGAAGAAAUCCCAGACCUUAUUCUUUUCUCUGAUGAUCCUCUUCCUCUCUUCACAGCUCAAGAAAACAUGAUUGAUUCUCUUGAUCCUUUAUCCCUUUCAUGCAUCAAUUUCUCAGAGUCCCAAAUGGUGGCGGAUCAUUGUUCCAACAAUCAUCAGCACCAUCUAAGUCUUCCUCACAGUUACCUGCAGAGGAGCUCCAGUUGCAAAUCGUUUGAUAGAAAACCAGUUUUUCCACCAUGUGAAGCUCACAACGACACUUUGAUGGAUUCCCCAACUUCUGAGUGGGAAAACGAUUUCUUCAAAGGACAAAUAAGGAGGGUCUUCAGUGCAGGAGACUUGCAGAACAUGCAUGCAACUCAAACACUUCAGACGGAUGAACCGUACUUGAAGGUGGGGCGUUACAGUCCCCAAGAAAGGAAAGAGAAAAUCUCAAAGUACAGGGCCAAGAGAAGCCAGAGGAAGUUCAACAAGACUAUCAAGUAUGCAUGCCGAAAGACACUAGCCGACAAUCGAGUCCGCAUACGUGGCAGAUUCGCACGCAACGACGAUACCAGCGUGAUUCCGAAAGCCCCAUGUUCAACUUCAAAUACACAGCAAGACCAAGAUGAAUUCUGGAUUGAAAUGAUUGAAGCGUUGAAUGAGUAGUAGAUCCUCUGUUAGUAUGAAGAUCCAGAGUUUCAGUUUCAUUAGUAUGGCUUUGAUUUUGAGUUUUGAGGUGUGAAAGAAGCACAAUUUCUGGAAGACUCAACUUUACAAUUUUAGUUUCAUCAAAAAAGUCACCGUAUUUGCAAUGUUUAUGCUUAUGUGGGUGGACUGUUCUAGGUUGACUUCUGUUGGGUUAGAGUAUGUACCUCAGUACCUGUAUCCAAUUUCACUUUCUCUUUGCCUUUCUUCAUUGUAUAUAGGAAUCUUCAUGUAAUGCAUUUUCAGAAGAAAAUAAAGUAU